AUGGAGAAGAACCUUCUUGAUUUGGCGGCGACAUUUUCCGACAAGAAGAGAGCGAGCUCCGGCGAGGUUUUGGGCGGGAAGGGGACUUUGGCGCAGAAAACGGAGGCGCUGUUGCGGAAUCGGCCAACCGGCGACAUCACCCUCCCCAGCGACCCCGAACCCGCCGGAAAACCCUUACCCCUCUUCGCCUUCCGCCAGCUCAACGCCCUCGCCGUCGCCGUCGUCCUCUCCGCUAGCGGCAUGGCCAGCCCCGAGAACCUAGCCUUCGUCCUCUUCUCCCUCAUCUACAUCCACUUCAUCGCCAAAUUCGCCUUCCCCGCCUCCUCCGCCCGCCCCGAUCCCCCCGUCUUCGGCGACACCAACCGCAUCCUCAGCCUCUACGUCGCCGUGGCCGCCGUGAUCGGCCUCUUCCUCCCGAUCGCCUACAUCUUCGAGGGCGUUUUCGAGGGGGACAAGGCCGGGAUCAAGGCCGCCGCGCCGCACGUAUUCCUCCUCGCCAGCCAGGUUUUCAUGGAAGGGCUCACCUUCUCCGGCCGCUUCUCGCUGCCGAUCCGCAUUUUCGUGCCGGUAUUCUACAAUUCGCGGCGGAUCUUCACCAUCGUGGAUUGGCUGAGGAGCGAGAUCUGGAAGGCGGAGGAGGGGACUCUCAGAUCCAGAAGGCUGUAUGUGGGGAGAGGCCUCGCCAUUGCAAACAUGGCGUUUUGGAGCUUCAAUUUGUUUGGCUUUUUGCUCCCUGUUUAUCUGCCUAGGGCUUUUAGGAUUUAUUAUCAAUCAUCUCACAACAAAAUUAAUUAG